UUUAAGUUUGUUUUGCUCUCUGAUUUCGUCGUGUGUGUUAAAUAAAACACGCUUCAGUUAAUCCAUCGGCUAAAAUUUUUAAUUAUACUAUAGUCAUUACUUACUAAAAAAUGUCUUCUCAAAAAGCACGUCCACGCCUUUCCAAGGGUAUAUUGGAGAUGAAGUUCAUGCAACGAACAAAGGCCAAAGUGGACAAGGAGAUCGAGGAAGCUGAGGGGCGUGAAAUGUACUCCCAAGAGAUCACCCAGAAAAUGUUGAAUAGUAAUUCAAACUUCAUAAUGGAACCCAGCUUUGUGCAUUGCGAGAAUCUGUUGGACGGUCGGUGGAGUUUUCGCGGCAUGAACCCGGAAAUCGAACGCCUAUUGGAGUUGGAGCAACAGGAGAAAGCUGCCAGUGUACGACAUGAGCAACCGAAAGAGGUAUCUGACAAAGAAAUGGCUGCAUUUUAUAAUGCACAACAGGUGACGAUGCAAAAGAAAUUCCAGACCAAGGCACAAUUUAAAGAUAAACGCCGUUCCGGUGACAACACGUCGUGGCAAAGUAAAAAGAUGAAAUUCCAAAAACCACGCGUGGACGACGAUGACGACGAUGAGAAUAGUGAAUAGAUAAUAAAACUUUGGGUGAAAUUGUUAUUCAAA